GAGGCUGGUUUGCCCUCGCAGUCCCGCCAGUGACAAGUCAGUUAGUGUCAACAGCAGAGUCAGCCCGGAUCUCCUGAACACACCGAGGCUGUCACAGCGGCUGAAGCAUGAGGCUGCUUCCUCUCGCUGUCACGGUGCUACUAACGGCGGCGCUCGCUUAUUAUGUGUACAUCCCGAUGCCCGAUGCCAUCCAGGAGCAGUGGAAGUUGAUGUUGCUGGAUGCUGGAUUCCGGACAAUAAUGCAUCUGACCACUUUGAAGGAUUGGCUGGGCUUGGACCAUUACACGAAUGCAUUCAGGCAGCCCAUAGAGGGUUUCACCGGGACGGUCACUCCUGAAUCUGGCGAAGGGGUCAUACCAGGAGUAAAAGUCAGCGACAUCACUUUUGCCGGCGUCCCGGCCCGUGUUUAUGAGCCGCCAGCAGGAGGGGAGGGUCACCUGAGGAGGGGGUUGUUGUAUUUCCACGGAGGAGGCUGGACCUUAGGCAGCGCCAAGAUGAAGUCAUACGAUACAGUCAGCCGUAUGGUGUCCGACGAGCUUAACGCUGUUGUGGUCUCUGUUGACUAUCGCCUGUAUCCAGAGGUGCACUUCCCUGUGCCGUAUUUAGACUGCCUCACUGCUGCCAAGCACUUCUUGUCCCCAGAAGUUCUGACCAGGUAUGCAAUCGACCCCAAUCGUGUGGCUGUGUCAGGUGACAGUGCUGGAGGAAACCUGGCUGCUGCGGUCGCUCAGGAGAUUUCAAUAGAUGACACUGUGAGUGUGAAAUUCAGCAUCCAGGCGUUGAUCUACCCUGCACUCCAGGCUCUGGACUUCAACACACCCUCCUACUUGGAGAACCAAUAUAUGGCAGGCCUCUCCCGCUCCAUCAUGGUCAACUUCUGGCUGCAGUACCUUGGUGCUGACCUCUCCCUGCAGUCCCAGGUGCUAGCGAAUGACCACAGCUCACUACGCCACUCAAACAUCACCCCAGAGCUGAGGAAACGGCUAGACUGGAGCGUCCUCCUGCCCCCGAAAUUCAAGAAGAGCCAUAAGCCUCUGAUUGUGGGAAAAGGUUCACAGGGGACAGCAAAGGAGGUUCCAGGGCUGCUGGACGUCAGGGCAUCACCACUGCUAGCAGGACCAGAGGUUUUGGCUAAAUGCCCGCGGGCGUACAUCCUAACAUGCGAGUAUGACGUUUUGAGGGAUGACGGCUUGAUGUACGCACGGCGUUUACAGGACGCAGGUGUCACGGUUACCAACGACCAUUAUGAGGAUGGCUUCCACGGAUGUUUCAGCUUCAUAGUCUGGCCUUUUGAAUUUGACAUAGGGAAGAGAGCAGUCAGAAGUUACCUCAACUGGCUGAAGAACAACUUGUAAGAGCAUGUGUGUUUGUGUGUGUAUGUGUGCAAGUGAGUGAAAGAGUCUUGAUGUGUGCAUGUGCACGUGUGUGUUUAACAAAUGCACUAGCCCUUGCUUCAUGAAUCACAGACUUGCUAAGGGCGUGUCCAUCUGUCUAUCCCUGUGAAAACAAAAGAUUUAAGCUCAGGAUCCUCUUGUACCUGCAGAUAUGCACGUACUGCCUUGGUACAUAUGAAGUUUACGUAAUAUUUAGAAGAUUCUUUAAAGUGUGCAGGGGACAAUGGCUGAAACUGUUACCAGCUAAUAAAAACACUUAAUAGAUGCACAGAAAUACUUCACAGCCACAAUCAUUGCACAAUCAUUGCUCUUAUCCACGCCACAACCACAGGAACAAUAUACAAGUUGUAUCUGGUUUUAUACUUUUAUGACUUUUACAAAGUCAAUAACCCUUGAUUGAAAGGUGAGAAAAAGAUUUGUCCAUCACUGCAAUAUCUCAGCAACUACUACUUAGUGUGGUAAAUCUCCCAAAAGGAUAAAUCCCAAUGACUUAGAGAUUCCUUUAGUCAUGAAAUAACUCAACUGCAAUCAAAUGGAUUGUGAGAAAAUCUGGCACACACACACACAUUUGUGGCACACUCGGAAUGAUUUGAAAUAACCUUAGCGAUCCCUUAAUCAGACAAUCAGAUCACAAUAAUGAUUAAUUUCAUGACUACAUACCUGCAGAACAAAUGAUAUUCUCAUUUUGUAUUUUUUUUGCUAAUUAGCGAAUGUUAGCAUGCUAACACACUAAACUGCUGCGGUGAACACGGUCACCAUCUUCAGCUUAACAUCAGCAUAUUAGGGUUCUCGUGAGCCUGAUAGCACGUAGAUUAACAUUUACUGAUAUCAUUUUUAAUGAUAUUGUAUUUUUUUAAAAUUAACACUUUCACAAAUUGCUUUACCUGUCUUGUGUGUAGUUUUGUGUGUGUUGUGUGUUUGACAACUCACGCAGCUGCAGUACAUUUAUUCUCCCUGCUCUUCCAUGGCUGAUGACGCUGGCACUUGACAAUCACUAACAAGAUGCACUACUUCCUUAAGGUUCAUUACUGUGGUGCUCUACUUGCGGGACAUUCUGUGUAUCUGUAUCUACUGUGAAAUAAAUGUUUUGUGAUUUUAAAUAUCCGAAUAGCAAUACUUAUGGAAUAUGAAUGAAUCACUGAAGUUACUAGAUGCUUUUACUUGUCACUAGCAGCGAGGAAAUUAGCAGCAUAUCUUUCUCCCCACGUGAUCUGCUGGGACAUCACUGGCUGCAUUGUCAUCCUACUUUUUUCAGAUGUCUGCAUGUACAGGAUCAUUCCUAUUAAAGUCGUUUUAAUUCUCAAGUUAACAUGUUUUAAG